CGAAUUCGGAUUGAUAUCAAUCGAAACAGAUCAAGGGUCCGAAGCUCUGCACACAGUUCAUCAUGCUGCUCCCGAAUAUUUGGCCAGGUAUUAAUAACGUAUCCGGACCGAUCGCCGAAUCAUGGAAAUACGAGUCUAAAAUGAACGGCUGGAACACGCCAGCCGACUAUAAAUCGUACGUUCACCCACAUUGGCUGAGUUACGAAGAGCCCAACCCGAUGUUGCAUCACUUGCUCGGCGUGCUCUACAUCUUCUUCAUGAUCGCUAGUUGUCUGGGCAACGGAAUAGUCAUCUAUAUUUUCAGCACGACCAAGGAGCUGAAAACGCCCAGCAACAUCCUGAUUCUCAACUUGGCCAUCUGCGAUUUUAUCAUGAUGAUCAAGACGCCCAUCUUCAUCGUCAACAGCUUCAACGAGGGACCGGUUUUCGGCCGGUUGGGCUGCUCCAUCUUCGGUCUGCUGGGCGCCUACGUCGGCCCGUGUUCGGCCGUCACAAACGCGGCCAUCGCUUACGAUCGUUACAGGUGUAUUUCUGAUCCGAUGGGGAAGCGAUGGUCCAAAAGUCAGGCUUCGUUGAUCGUACUCGGUUGCUGGGUCUACGCAAGUCCAGUUUCUCUGCUCCCUUUUACCGAGAUCGUCAACCGUUUCGUUCCAGAGGGCUAUUUGACCAGCUGCACUUUCGACUACAUGACAGACAAUUUGGAAACGAAAAUGUUCGUUUUCAUCCUGUGGAUUUGGUGCUGGAUCAUGCCUUUGGGCGUCAUAAUCUUCUCUUACGGGAAAAUCACGACUCAAGUCAUGACACACGAAGCUCGUCUGAAAGAACAAGCCAAGAAGAUGAACGUCGAGUCUCUGCGAAGUGGAGCCAAUAAAGACGCUAGGAAUGAAAUUCGCGUGGCCAAAGUUGGAAUUUCGUUGACGACGCUCUUCUUGCUCUCGUGGACGCCGUAUUUCGCCAUCGCCUUUAUUGGAUGUUACGGAAAUCGCUCCUUACUCACUCCGGGAUUGUCAAUGAUCCCAGCCUGUACCUGCAAAAUGGCCGCCUGCGUCGAUCCUUUCGUCUACGCCAUCAACCAUCCAAAAUAUCGACUGGAAUUGAUGAAGAGGUUUCCGUGGCUUUGUGUCCACGAGAAGGACGACUCUACGAGAUCAGAGAAUUCCACCAACGCAACUAUUGCUUCCGAAGCCGAAUCCAGGACGUAAAUCAACUAUACGUGGACGACCGUUGUUAUAGCCUUUACCGAAAACUCCAAAAUGAAAAUGACUAUAUACAUAAGCCUAAUUUGCAACAUUCUCUUCUGUUGGCAACUUUACGACCCCGCAUAAAUCAUUCAAACUAGCUAGUCUAUUAUUGGUUAAAAUGUCUGUUAUACCGUGAGCCCUCCAUCGUAAGAAUACUUAAAUGACAAAUCGUUUUCCUGGAAUAGCCAUUGUUGUAUCGAUUCCCCUAAAAUCUAUUGUACUGUGUACACUCCAAAAGAAUUUUAUUAUCUUCGCUUGUUUUGCUAUUGCAAUAUACGUUUGAGUGGCACGAAAAA